CUCUCUCUCUCUCUCUCGAUACUUCUCUGUUUCUCUAUCCCUCUCUCUCUAGUCUCUUUAUAUAUAUAUAUAUAUAUAUAUAUACGUAACUUAAGACCUGAAACUGAAAGGGUGACUUCUUGUUCAUACUCUCUCGAUCUCUCUCUCCACAUUCCCUCUCUCUCUCACUGCUGUUGGGGUGAGAGAAAUGUCGAUAGGUGAUGAAGCAAUAGUGAUCACGAAUGCCCCUGAAGAAGCUACCCAGGGGGUGGAACAAUCCUCUACCAAUAAACUACCACUCAAAGGGAAAAAACUCUCAUGGAGCAAACUCAGGCGGUACGACUCCUUAGACAUCGAAUCCAACAAAUUCAACGGCCACCACGGCCACCAGGCUGCAGGGUGGUCCGUGGUAUUUCAAUUGGCGUUUCAGAGCAUAGGGGUGGUGUACGGGGACAUCGGAACGUCGCCGUUGUACGUCUACUCCUCCACCUUCACCGAAGGUAUAAAACACAACGAUGACGUUCUGGGCGUUUUGUCUCUGAUCAUAUACACCAUCACCCUGAUUCCUCUCAUCAAGUACGUCUUCAUCGUCUUACGCGCAAACGACAACGGCGAUGGUGGGACAUUUGCAUUGUAUUCGUUGAUAUGUCGGUAUGCCAAAGUGGGUUUAACCCCAAGUCAACAAGCAGAGGAUGGAGAGAUUUCCAAUUUUCUACUUGAGUUGCCUAACAAUCGUUUGAAACGGGCUUCAUGGGUCAAGUCCAGCCUAGAGAAGAGCCGAUUUGCCAAGUAUUUCAUACUCUUUGCGGCAAUGUUGGGCACUUCCAUGGUUAUUGGAGAUGGUGUUCUCACUCCUUCAAUCUCGGUUUUAUCGGCUGUGAGUGGACUCCAAGAAGCUACAUCCUCCAUUACUCAAGGGAAGAUUGUUUGGAUAUCGGUUGCCAUCUUAGUCUUGCUAUUCAGUGUUCAAAGGUUUGGAACUGAUAAAGUCGGCUACACCUUCGCUCCUGUAAUUAGUAUUUGGUUCCUAAUGAUUGCUGGAAUUGGGGUCUACAAUUUCAUCAAGUUCGAUCCAACCGUGAUCAAAGCCUUGAAUCCAAAGUACAUCAUUGACUACUUCCAGAGAAACAAAAAAGAGGCAUGGAUUUCCCUUGGUGGCGUUGUGCUUUCCAUAACAGGAACUGAGGCAAUGUUUGCGGAUCUUGGUCAUUUCAGUGUUCGGUCCAUACAAAUAAGCAUGUGCGCUAUGACUUAUCCAGCCCUAAUUUUAGCCUACAUCGGACAAGCCGCUUUCCUUAGAAAGCACAAUGACUUGGUUUCAAACACAUUCUACAAAUCUAUUCCACAUGGUGUGUAUUGGCCCAUGUUUGUGGUGGCCGUGUUGGCAGCGAUCAUAGCAAGUCAAGCGAUGAUUUCGGGUGCUUUCUCAAUCAUCCAGCAGUCCCUUGCACUAGGGUGCUUUCCAAGGGUGAAGAUCGUGCACACAUCGGCCAAGUACGAAGGACAAGUUUACAUACCUGAAGUCAAUUAUCUUCUCAUGUUGGCAUGCGUAGCUGUGACGGUUGCAUUCAGAACCACUACCAAAAUAGGAAAUGCUUAUGGGAUCGCGGUGGUGUUUGUGAUGACGCUUACAUCUGCAUUCCUAAUUCUCGUCAUGAUCAUGAUAUGGAAAAUCAGCAUUCUUCUCGUGAUCUUGUACAUUCUUAUCAUUGGCUCAGUCGAGAUCCUCUAUUUAAGUUCCGUGCUCUACAAAUUUGAUCAAGGAGGGUACCUACCCUUGGGCUUCGCCGCCUUCUUAAUGGUGAUAAUGUUCAUUUGGAAUGAUGUUUACAGAAGGAAGUAUUAUUAUGAGCUAGAUCACAAGGUUUCCCCAACGGAGGUAAAGGAAAUCAUUGAUAAUGGAAACUUAUGUCGAGUUCCAGGACUUGCGAUCUUCUACUCAGAGCUUGUUCAUGGAAUCCCACCCAUAUUCAAGCAUUAUGCAGUAAAUGUACCUGCACUUCACUCCGUCCUUGUUUUUGUCUCUAUUAAAUCACUACCCAUAAGCAAAGUCCCAAUGGAAGAGCGGUUCCUCUUUCGUAGAGUACAACCAAAUGAGCUAAACGUUUUCCGAUGUGUGGUGAGAUAUGGAUACACCGAUUCACAAAAUGAACAAGAGCCCUUUGAGAGAAUACUGUUUGGAAAGCUGAAGGAGUUCAUAAGAGAUGAUUGUCUUUAUUCUGCAGUUGUUCAAAACGUAGAAGAAAAGAACGAUGGAGAAGAGCCAGACAACGAGUCCGCUAACGGUGAAUAUGUGAAUAUCGAGGGAGAGAAAGUUAACAACGAGAGGCAAAUAGAAGCAGUGGAGAGGGAAAUCGAAGUGUUGGAUAAAGCGUGGUGUGCAGGAGUUGUUCACUUGAUGGGUGAGAAUGAGGUGACUGCAGGGAAAGGAGCUAACAUAGGGAAGAAGGUAGUGAUUGAUUAUGCUUACAAUUUCAUAAGAAGGAAUUUGAGGCAAACAGAGAAGGUUUUUGACAUUCCUCAUCAGCGCUUGCUAAAGGUUGGAAUGACCUAUGAGCUUUAGAACAUCAAGAAAGACUGGAUAGAGUAUUACUGUACAAAUAAUUUCGGUACCAUUGCUGAGUUUGUUCUAUUUUGGUUCUAGUUUCCGAAGGAGAAAAAGGGCACUGCCAUUGUAGGCAAUUUACGUAGUAGAAAAAGGUCAACAUUUUAGCUAUUAUGUAUACUAUGAAACUUGUAAUGCAUUUACAUCAUGCAACAAGUGUUAAUUUUGCUUUGAACGUAUUCGAUUAUAG